GGGGGGGGGGGUAAUCCAGGCGGGGCUAUCGGCUGCCCUGUUAUUUAGGAGCCACACAACAUUAUCCUGGAAGACAGCAGGUUUAGGGUUUCAGAAAAAAAGUGGGAGUUUAUAUUUGCUGUAAUUGGAGCAGAAUAUUUUGAGUCUGAAGUGAAGCUGCUUUGUCGCGCAGAUGAUGAUUAAAAAGACCGCCAGCUGACUCCCCUUAUAAUUUGAGAGUCUAAUUCUGGCUCUGCUGAUGGGUCAGAAUUAGUGAAAGCUUGUUCCAGAUGUGGGAGCUGCUCUCCUCCUCCCGCCUCCAAAAUAUGUGACAUGGAGGAGGAGGAGGGGGAGGUGGGGGGGAGGUGGAGGAGGGAGGCUGUUGGGUGGGUGAAAUUUGGCAAGUGCCCUCGAAAAGAAAGAGCGAGAGAGGAGAAGAUCCAGUGUUGGAGGAGCUGAAGACGCGGAGCAGGUUUCCCAGGAUGAGGAUGGAGGUUUUGUGCAGGAUGAUGAAGGCUGCUGGGGCGCUGAUGUUGAUGCUGAGUCUUCAUCACAUGUGCUUUUCUUCUGCUCAGAGUUCACCUCCUUCACAUCCACCGCUGGCUCAGAGACAAACCACAGAGAGACGCCUCCAAACGCCAACCACAGACCCACAGGAGUGUCCGUCCACCCCCGACCUGCUGAACUCGCUGCGACAGGUGGAGAAGAUGUUGGCAGUCCACGAGGCGUCGUACCAGCAGGGCCUCCGCUCCCUCAGGAAAAAGAUCAGUGCUCUGCACAACAGCACCGUGGCCAUCUUCAAGAAGAGAGUGUCCUGCCCCAAACCAGAGUUCCCCACUCACGGCCGCAGACUGGGCCGGGUGUUUGGCGUCGGACACGAGGUUCACUUCCUGUGCAAACCGGGCUACGAGCUGAUUGGCCCGCAGACCCGAGUGUGUCUGGAGUCCCUGAAGUGGAGCGGGCAGCAGCCAAUGUGCAGACGCUUCAACAGCACCGGUAACUCCCUGGCUGCCUUCUCUCCCGCUGCUCCCUCCUCUUCCUCUUCCUCUUCAUCCCUCCCCGCCUCUGCUGCUCUGCCAUCUUCCUCCCCCACCUCCUCUGUCCGUCCGUCUCACUGCACUCACUUCCUGGGCUCCACCCGCUGCACCUGUGACGUGGGUUUCACCAUCUCAGGCCGCGACAACAACAUCUGCACAGAUAUCGAUGAGUGCCACUUGUUUCCUCUCGGUCAGCCCGGCCGCCUGUGCGUCCAUCAGUGCGUCAACACUCCCGGCAGCUUCCACUGCUUCUGUCCAGCCGGGUACGACCUCGCCAUGGACGGCCGCAGCUGCACAGAUGUCGACGAGUGUGAAAACCGGAUGCACAACUGCACAGCGCACCAGGUGUGUGUGAACACCUUCGGAGGUUUCCAGUGUGUGGCAGUGAAGUGUCCUCACAUGAAAAACGCCACGUACAUCAAGACGUCACCGAUGCGCUGUGAGAGGAACCCAUGUAUGGUGGGAGACAAGGCGUGCACUCAGGCGCCAAACUCAAUCUCCUUCCACUUCCUGUCCAUGGUGUCCAACAUGUCCGCCCCUCGCGUCCUCUUCCGGGUGUCGGCGGCUCGCGUGCUGGGCGACACGCUGCGUUUCGGCCUGGCGGGCGGCCGCGGACGGGGCCACUUCAGCGUGCAGCGCUCGGGACGACAGACCGGCACGCUCCUCCUGGUGACGCCCAUCAAGGGUCCCGCCACCCUGGAGGCCGAGGUGGAGAUGAGCGAGCUGGAGCGCAACACGCUGCUGGGCCGCUACCUCACCAAGGUCACCCUGUUCGUCGCUCCCUACGAGUUUUAGGGUGGGGGGGUGUUGGGGGGUUCAAGGUUCAUUUGGUGGCAAAAGCCAGAACUUUCAGUGUGACUGAAAUCACAACAGUAAUCCUUUAAAGUGAAUUCUUAAAUAUAUUGUUAUUGGAAGAAGAAGAAAUAAAUGUUUGACUCUGAGCUCCGACUGUCGAGGAGGAGGAUCAUGUAAUGAAUGCAAGCGCAGGAACAGGAACCUCGUUGAAUUAGUGCCACCAAGUCUCUAUGGGGUUAAAGGGG